CAAUUUUUAAAAUUUUCUAGCAAUCUACAAUGCAAUCUCUGUUACUACCUUGGCUUAUGGGUGGUAUAACCCAGCACAGAUGAGACUUUCGUGUCCCUCUAGAAUAUGGGCUUCUUCUUGUUGGGUUUGCCUUAUGGCUACAUUAUCCCCGGCUCUCCAUGGCCGGGGGGGGGGCGACGCCACCUCAAACAGUUUUUCUUCUUUCGGCUCCGGCUGAAAAAAGGCAAUCCGGCCGUUUCGCUGUUGUCCGUUUGGACUGUGGGGCUUCUUUUUGUUGGGGUUUCCUUAUGGUGGGCUCCGCCUUUCCUCCUUCGUGGAGGAAAGGUUUAAAAAUGGACUGUACGUCCUAUGGUUUUCCUCUUCGUUGCCGGAGGGUUACACCCCUCCGGUCAACCACUACGAGGGUGGGGUUUUUUUUGCGUCGUUUCCUUAUCGGCGGGGGGGGGGGUUCUUCUUCUGCCGCUCCAGCCGCUCCUCCUCCUCGUCCCGCAUCUCCGGGCUCUGCGGGUUCUUUUGUUUCGCUCGCUUCUCUCCCUCCCUUCCUUCGCUUCCGCCUCCUCCUCCCCCCGAACCUUCCUCCGGCCCUUCCUCUCCUCUCUCCGACCUGACACUGGCCAGUCCCCCUCCCACACCCUAAUAAACGCUUUCCUUUCAAUAAAAAACCUCUUUUGUUUCUUAUCUUUUAAAGUAAAAAA